UCCUUGUGUCUGUCACGUCUCCAGCUGUCUUUUGAGGGGCAACACGAUGACUGUUAUCAAAUCCUUCAUAUAAAAAUAACUAAGAGAUUACUUUUCAGGGAGUGACCUAUCCGGCCCUGGCUGCUAUUAUGGCUGCCUGGAUACCCCCCAAGGAGAGGGCCAAGCUCGGCUCUAUUGUGUACUCGGGGUCGCAGGCCGGGACAGUGGUGACGUUGGUGGUGAGUGGGUGGUUGUGUGACUCUGAGUUCCUGGGUGGUUGGCCCUCCGUGUUCUACGUGUUCGGUGCUCUUGGGUUCGUGUGGUGUGUUCUGUGGUUCCUGCUGGUACACGAUUCUCCAGAGACACACCCAACGAUCUCCCCAGCUGAAUUGAAUCACAUCCAAUCAAGUCAAGAUUUGAGAAAACAGGCAAAGGUAAAGAAUAUACCAUGGAAAGCAAUAUUUACGGCUCCUCCUAUGUGGGCGGGGAUGGGCAUGUGUUUGGGCACCAGCUUCGGUUUCUUCACCCUACUGACAGAGCUGCCAACCUACCUCAGUAACAUACAACACUUCGAUAUAAACAGCAACGGUCUCCUGUCUGCACUACCAUACCUCAUACAAUGGGGCUUCUCCAUAGUGUGGGGAGCCAUCAUGGACGUGCUCACAAGGACCCGAGUACUUUCCUUAACCUCUGUUAGGAGGGUGUCCACUGGCGUAGCAUGUUACGUCUUCUCGGGGGCACUGAUCGCUGUGGGAUUCGUGAACUGCAACCCGACCUUAGCGGUGGUGGCUGUGUGUGUGGCCCUCGGGUUCAACGGUGCCAUAUUCAGCGGACAGUAUAUGCUAGAACAGGAUAUCGCGCCUAACUUAGCGGGCACUCUGGUGGGCAUCAACAACACGCUGUCAGCCAUUGCAGGGUUUAUCGCCCCUGUGUUCACUGGAGCCAUCACCAACAACAGUGAAACACUCAGUAGCUGGAGGAUUGUGUUCCUUGUUGCAGCUGGAUUGAGCAUCUUCACUACAACCUUCUAUUUGGUGUUCAUGUCAGCAGAUGUUCAGCCUUGGAAUGACCCGACAAAUGACAAUGAAGAUAACACAACAACGGCAGACAACAGUGACAACAGAGGGAUACAAACAGUGAUAAUCCCACUCCCCCUUCCGUUAACUCUCCCUCGCCUCAAGCUGUAACUUACUCAAGGUGCACCUUAGUUAUAGCUUUGUGUUAUAGGAAAAAUAAUAAACAAAAGAUAAGAGAAUUUGUUUAUAUCAUUGUUUAUUUAUCUAUUCUCUGUUGGGUUAAUAUUUAUAAUGUAAUAAAAUAAUGUCUUUAUUUACUUGUGGUCGAGACUAUAUACAACAGGCAGGUAAGGUUUUUUUUUAUGGAACUUGAUGCAUCACGAAUAUUCAUCCCCUUAUUGACUUACUGAAUCUAACCUAACCUAACCUAACCUAACCUAACCUAACCUAACCUAACCUAACCUAACCUAACCUAACCUAACCUAACCUAACCUAACCUAACCUAACCUAACCUAACCUCAUAAAAAAUAAAACUAAUAUUUUGGAAUUAUUUACGUAUUUACAUAUGUUGUUCCUCAUUGAUCAUAAACACUAAAUGAUAAAAUAUAUCUCCCGGUCACAAUUCGUCCAUCUGGGUAAAAAAAUUCUGAAUUAUUGUGUUUACCUUUCAGGAUAUAUAUACAAAGUAACUGUACAGCAAUAAAAGUGAACUAAUGGCAAUUGGACUUCCCUAACAGUACCAUAGACCAACUACCAAUUAUCUUGACCACUGUGUUGGAUCAGAUUUCACAAAGGGAACUAAUUUCUUCUUCUUUUUUCAAAUUCAUCAUAAUACGUAUAAGGGUUAUGUAAUGAUGUUAUAAUGUAUAUGUGUUCUGUAACCUUUGUCAAUACAUAUCAAUAAAUAUUAUACACCUC